UAUGUUUUUUCUCUCUCUUAUUUAUCUUCUCAGGUACACUGCUGCUGCUGACCCUUCAUUUUCCACUCACCCUUCACUUUCCUCUCUCUCAUUGUUGCCUUGUGUCUCCCUUUUUCUUUGUCGUAAACCCUAGCGUGGUCAGGUGCCGAAUCUCUGAGUCCGAGAGGCUCAACUCCACCUCCUCCUCGACUCCUCUACCCGCAGUUUCUUCUGCCUCCUCACCUCGCUCUUGCUCAGCGCCGCGAUGCCGGUCCCUGGGAUCGGCACCAGUUUCAGCGGCAUGCUCCAGCUCGGCUCGAAGGUGUGCCACACGCGUCGCUUCAGGAGAUCAUGCGGCAACAGAACGUGAAUUUCAGAGGAGGAGGUAAGGGGUUCGAUGAUGCCGAGGCUGUGGAGUUUCUUGGUGAUUCGUUCAAUGGCGGAGGAGAUCGACGGGUUCGGGUUUGAAUCUCGGGAGUGGAGCAACGAAUGUGGAAUCUGGUUUUGGAUUUGGGAAAUUUCUCUCUAUUUGCUCGAUAUGAAUUAUUUAGAUUUGGUUUUUUGAAUAUUUCUUUCUCAUGUUGGAGACUGUUAGAUUGUUCUAUCCAAAAGCUGAGUUGACCUUAAUGAGUGGUGCAACAGUUAGGAUAGAAAAACAAAAAGGAAAACAAAAAUAUCAAGGCUUAGAAUUUUCGUUGUUAUUACUCUAGUCUUUCCACCUUUUUUCAUCAAUUUCUAAUUUGGUUAUUUUACUUAAACUUUUCUCUUACGACUGUCUCCAGAAUUUUGAAGUUUUCCCUUUGUUUUGAUGUUUCUCAAGAUUCGAUUGGUGCAGUUGAAGGGCCGUGAGGAUGUUAGAGAAAGUGGAGGAGUUUAACAUGGAUAAAGUUAUACAAGAGUUUGAAUUAUUGACAAGGGAUGCAAAAAGAGUUCAGAGGGAAACACUCAAGAGGAUUUUGGAGGACAACACAUCAGCAGAGUACUUGCAGAGUUUGGGUCUCAAUGGAAGAACUGACCCUGAGAGUUUCAAGGCCUGUGUUCCAAUGGUCACCCACAAAGAAUUGGAACCUUAUAGCUGUUGCCUGAGAAUACAGCAACAUCAACGAAAAAAGGGCCUGUUGCCACCCCUUGAUGCUCCACACCAUUUGCGCAAACAUGAAUGGGGUCCUUAUCGAGAAGUUCUGCUUGAGAUGUUUGAUGAUUGCCUUUGGUGGACUGCCUGGGUUGGAAGAGACUAUUGAAGAAUAUGAUAACUUAAAGUUUUGCAGCUUUGCUAUAAACUGGAAGCAUACCUACACAACUUGGUGAUUUGAAGAAGCUUAGUGUUCUUGCUCUUUAGUCAAACCUGCUGGGUGGAGCUAUCCCUGCUAGAUUUGGGAAAGUUAAUGAGGCUAGAUUUGAACUCUAAUAAUAUCUUUCUAAGUUUAUUUUUGCUUCUGAACACUCUUUCUCAGGGUUUAUUUUUCGUGGGUUAUUGAUUAAUAAUUCAAAACCUGAUCCAAAUGCUCCUCUAUAAAAUUGCUACAUGAGUAGCUCGUUGUUUGAUUAUAAUAUAUAACCUUAAAUGUCCUUGAAAGGAGUUGGACUAAUGGAUUGUUUUAUUGACCUGGGGAAAA